AAACUGUUGUGGGAGGAGUCACACACACCCGAUUAAUAGUUCCGCUGAAAUCAGUUUAUUUUAGCAGAUAGUCUCACUGAACCGCUGAAGAAAAUGUUUCACAUGUUCGUUCUGUUCUGUUUGUGCUGGUGCCGUCUGACUGGUGUGUUUGGUGAUUCAGUGUCAGUGAUGGAGGGAGAUUCUGUCACUCUAAACUCUGAUGUUACUGAAAUACAUAAAGACGACGAGAUACUGUGGAAAUUUGGAGCUGAAAACUCUCUCAUAGCUGAAAUCAUUGGUGGAAGCUUCUCCACAUCUGUUGUUCCUGAUGGGAGAUUCAGAGACAGACUGAAGCUGGACGAUCAAACUGGAUCUCUGACCAUCACAAACAUCACAACUGAACAUGCUGGAGUUUAUCAACUAGAGAUAAGGGGAGCGAAACUGUCAUCAAACACAUUCAAUGUUUCUGUCUAUGCUCGUCUGCCUGUUCCUGUCAUCAGCAGAGACUGUUCAUCAUCAUCAUCAUCAAAUUGUUCAUUGUUGUGUUCAGCUCUGAAUGUGAGUCAUGUGACUCUCUCCUGGUACAAAGGAAACAGUUUAUUGUCCAGCAUCAGUGUGUCUGAUCUCAGCAUCAGUCUCUCUCUACCUCUGGAGGUGGAAUAUCAGGAUAACAACACCUACAGCUGUGUGCUGAACAAUCCCAUCAGCCACCAGACUCAACAUCUGGACAUCACUCAACUCUGUCACACAUGUUCAGCCUCUGUCCACUGUUGUGGUCCUACUGAAGCUGUGAUCCGAUUGGUCCUCUCUGCUCUGGUGGGUGUGGCUACUGUCGCUGUUCUGCUUUAUGACAUCAGAUCCACAUCAGGUUUAAAGAAGAAAACAGAACAGAUAUCAUAAAUAUUGUCAUAACUUGGAGUUUUUAAAUGUAAAUAUGAAUAUAAGCAAAGAUUUAAAUUCAAAUAUAGCGCCUCACUGUGGCCAAACUAAAACAGUAACUAUGUAGCCUGGUUAUUUCUAAAACUAACUUUAAAAACAAACAACUUUCUAUUAUUAUGUUGUAUAUUUUUAGUUUUCAAUUAGAAUGUUUUAAAGCUACAGAAUGAAUGAAAAUAUGUGAAAAGGUUACCAGCAGGAGGAACAAAGAUGGGCGAACUAAAGCCUUGAACAGACAGGAUGACUCUGCUGGAUAAUUCAUAUUCAUACAUAAUUCACAAACUGAAAAUGAAGUAAUACAGUAUUAAUAGUCUCCUCCCAACAACAGAAUGGAAAUCGAUUGUGUAUUCUAAUACAAGCUAUUUAAGAUGUUUUCUGAAUGUUGUCUUACUUGGGUCUUUAAUUUUUAUAGAAUUUAUAUUUGUUUUCAUCUGUGUAAUUUGUUUUACAUUGUACUAUGUUUUCUCUCUCUCUCUCUUUUUAUCUAGUUUAAUGGUUUUAUUCUGAUCAAAUUAAUUAUUAUUUUGUAUACCAGUGUGGCAAUCUGAAGAACCCAAAUUAUGCAAAUAUUCACAAUGUAACAUUCAAUUGCUAAAAUAAUAUAUAAGCAUAAAUAUACCUAUAUAUAUAUAUAUAUAUAUAUAUAUAUAUACAUUUUAUGUAAGCAUAGAUUUGUGCUACAUUUAUGUCUUAAUAUCCACAUAAAAAAAGCAACCUUUACUUGCACAAAAAUGGGUUUGACGUACCACUGCAACAGGAAGGUUGUCAUGAUGACUGGUGUUACACCAAAGACCAUUGAGUUUGAUCAUCACAGGAUUUGGUGUAAAACCCGGCAUAGCACUAUACUGUACAAAAGACUGACUGAGCUGUGUAACUUUUCCAUGUUUGGUUGACUACAUUUUAGUUUGAUGAUGAACAGGCUACAUGUCAAGUUAGCAGUACUAGAACUGAUGUUGUGUGUGUGUGUGUGUGUGUGUGUGUGUGUGUGUGCAUAUUUGUGCGCUUUUGCAUUCUUGAUGUUAAUUCAUCAUACAGGCCUAUAGGUAGCACCUCUCAGAUGAUAAAAAACAUGACUUAUGUUCCAUAAAAUAUGGGUAAUCACAUCUUGAUAUAUGUCAGUGCCAUUGUUUUGUCUCAAGAUGUCUCAUUCACUAGUAUUUAUUUUUGGCAGGAUGUUUUCUAGUUUUAUGUUCUAGCACCAUUUUCUUCACAAUGCAUUCAGAUUACAUGUCAUUAUUUAACAAGAUGAUGGCCAUUAUUCUGAUGGUGUAAAUUCAAAUAAAAAUUUUACAUAAAACUUGAGCAAUAACA